AUGGACAUCUCAGGGCCAUCCAAGCGGAGAGCUAUCGACACGAUUCCUUUCACUGCGGUCGUACUCGUAGGCUACGGUGAAAACUUGUACCCGCUGAAUGAAGGUCCAAAUGUCCCUUCGAAAGCCAUGAUGCCAGUGGGCAAUGUGCCCAUCAUCAAUCACGUACUCGACUGGGUCCUAGCGUCUGGAGUGAUGGACAUCCUUCUUCUCGUUCCGCCUAAAGACCAUGAUUCAAUAUCGAACCAUUUGACAGAAAACUAUUCUCGCUCAACUCAUGCUCGUGCUCGGAUUCAGCUCAAGAGACAUUCGGACGGAGAAGGGAACGAGGGCUCUGGAACUGCUGGUGUUCUCAAACGAUUCAGACAUCUUAUCAAGUCUGACUUUGUUCUCCUCCCGUGCGACAUUUAUCCACCGCGGAAUCUGUCCCUAUCUUCCAUCCUGGAUCGUCAUCUGGCUUCCGCCUCUUCUGUUCUCACCGCUGUACUAUAUGAGCCUGCUCCAGCCGUCAAGGAUAGUGAAGAAAAGAUUCUCGUAGCGAUGGAUCAAGCGAAAGGUCACCUUUUCAUGAUUCAAUCUUUGGAGGCUCUGGAAGAGGACGUGAAUCUCCGCAUGUCAUUGAUUGAGAGGCCUCAUUUGACCCUCACCACCCGAUACCUCGAUGCCCACAUCUACGUCUUCCGCAGAACAGUCCUCGACCUCAUCGCCUCACGUCCGCCCCGAGAUCUCGAUAGCAUGCGAGAACAAAUCGUUCCAUGGCUUCUCAAAGGUAGCUGGCAGAAGGGCUUACAGUCGGAGUGGAAUAAUAUCCUCAACCCAAAACGUGAUCUCUUCGCAAAAGCUCUCUUUUACGCUUCCGCUUCAAAACCCCUCGACAUUUCACUUCCAUCGUCGCCUGACCCUGAUGGACAGCCACCCCACUCAACGAGACCGUGGCACUGUCAGACCAUCUUAGUCUCGGGCAAACAGGGUGAUCACUUGAUCCGGAUCAAUUCGCUCGCAGGUUACUGGGAGCUGAAUCGCAAACUCAUUCGGCACCUGUCUGCGCUCACUCCUUCUCGAACGACGACACCAAUGCCAAAUGCCAUAUCGUCCUCGGCUCAGAUCUCACCAGACUCCGUGAUCGGGGAAGGUUCGACCGUCGGUGAUCGUGCAAGUUUGAAGAAAUGCAUCGUCGGUCGACACUGUCACAUCGCGCGUGGUGUGAAAUUGACCGGUUGUGUGGUUUGGGACUUUGUCACCAUUGAAGAAAAUGCUCGCAUUGAGAACGCCAUCUUGAGCUCUCACGUACGUGUAGGAGACAAGGCAGCAAUCAAGGAUUGCGAGUUUGGUCCAGGAUUUGAAGCACCUUCAGGAGCUAUUCUCAAAGGGGAGAGACUGAUUUCUGGGCAGGAGGCAUGA